AUGACAACAAUAAAUAGGGAAUUCUGUUAUCAAUCUAAAAUACACGAACCACCAUUCAGUCCCAACAGAAACAGUGACGAUGAUGACGCCAGUAGCAACAUUUUAUUGAUUAAAAACAAAAAACAAUUAAACUCCAAUGGAAACAUAUCCUUUUUUGGAAUAAUUAAGGCAGGUAAAAAAUGUGUAAAAGUUAAUAAAACUCCCAAGACGAGGAAGGGAUUUGAAGGAAUGGUCGCCGACGUUCCUGAUCAGGUUGACUCAGUUAAUUUGCCAACAUUCGAUCGAAUUGAAUGGUGUGAUGAAAUUAUCAGUCUUGAAGAGCUGGUAUCGCGUUCUACUCCUUUUCCUGUUAUUAUCAAAGUUAUGAAUGUUAAGCCAUGGAAAAACAUCCAAAGUGGACAGUGUUUGAUGCUCCAUCAAUCAGGCAUUGAGCAGCGAGUGCUACUGCAAGAUCUCAAAACAAAGGAUCUGUUUAGCAUCUCACGUGAAUCAAAAUUACAAAUUAGAAGAAAAGUUGAUGGCACAGAAAUUAAUUUGGAAGACGUUUUUUCUACACGCAAACCUUCUGAUGAAGUAAUAGUCAUGAUAAAUAACGUCAACGCCGUUGAAAAAGAUGACAUUCUGGCUGGCCGUGAAAUUAUUCUGAAACAAUUAGUUUCUUCAACCUAUGUUGUUUGUAGCUCAAUCAGUGCUGGAUGGAUUGACCAAUCGCAACUUAAAAUUUUGCCAUGCACGUCUGACAUAACAGUGAAGUUGGCCUCAAGAUUACGAGCAGGAGGCGUUGAUGAGUGGGACGACUACAUAUCAUCACUGAGUAGAUCCGUGAGACACAGGUUGAUUGACGGCAUCAGAGGUUACGAAGAAAUUUUAGUUGAACAUAUCGAACAUUCGACAACAAAUAGAAGCUAUACUUACGAAAAUGUGCAAAUAAUAAACGAUCAAUCGACAAUACAUGAGAAGGUUGCUGUAAAGGAUUCCAACAAACUUAGAAUGUACGAGAAUGUUUAUAUCAGCAAUACUGACACUUCCCAAAUCGUUCACACGAGUAAUAUAGACCAAGUGAAUGGCCUGAAUGGUAACAAUGAUAAAGACAAAUUCGAUCAUAGUCAUGACAGCAAAAAUCAGGGUAAUAGUGAUCGGCUUUGUUAUACAUCCGUCAUUUAUUCUAAUUCAAGCAGACCUGACGCAACACUGAAACCAUCAAAAGUGAAACCUACAACUCCGACACAAUCACAGUCGUCAACGGUGACAUCACCGAUUCCAGCGUCAAAAACGAAAGAGAAACCACAAAUAUUACCUAAAAAAACAAAACCAGUCCUUAAAAUACCUUCAAAAAGUUCGUCAAAGUUGGUACAAGCCUCUAGCAACAAUCGCCUUCAUCCAGAGUACCAAGCAGGUUUGACCAAAGUAGAUACACCUUCACACAAACCAAGAGGUGAACCAUCACGUCCAGAAACCAAACAAAUCAUUAAGUCAAAGCCAACGUCUUCAAAACAACCAUCACCAUUCAAAGACUUAAAAAACCACUAA